AUGCGCGGCUCUUGCGCGCGCGCAUCCAGGUCCAAGCUGCGGAGGAGGAGACUCCGCAAAGGCGGAGACGCGCCGCUUUGCUCUCCCCUGCUCCCUGCCGCGCGCGCGGCUGCUACGGCGGCUUGCGCAGCAGCUUGCCCCUUGCGCAGCCGCACGGGACCAGACUUGCUCUUCCGCUUCCCCAUGCCGGAGGUCCAGCGCGCCGCUCCGCCCAGCAGCGGACUCCCCGGCGCAGCCGCCUCUGCGCCUCCGCCUGCGCCGUCCGCCGCUCCCCGCGAAGAAACUCCGGACGCCGUCGUCGGCGCAACAGGCGGGCGGCCGCCGAGGACCGCGUUCGCCGCCGCGCCUGCGCCGCCAGAAGCCCAGGCGGACUCCGACAGCGAAACGCUCUUAAUCGCGCGCCGCGAGGACCCUGCUGCCGCUGGCGGAAGCGCGGACGUUGCGCCCCCCGUCGCAGGAUUCCUCGGUCCUCCAACGCCCGCGGCCGAUGCCGCCGCCGCCGUUGCCGCCGCGUGCGGGAAGCGCUGA